AACGCCCGCCGGCCCGCGCGACACAACUGGAAACGGGCCACAGAAUUAAGCAGCGACAGUAAAUGGCAGCAGCCGUUCUCGCCCCGAUCGAGCGCGCCUCAUCAAAUACCAGGCCAACACGUUCACUGCUCGACACACUGAAGAACCGCCCCUAGCUUGCGAUGGCGCCUCCUCAAUCCGACGAGCAACUCGGCGCCGAGCCAGCAAUGGAGGGUCUGACGAUACCUCCUGAUCAGAACGACGAGCCAACCAUGGACGGCUACACUGUGCCUCCUCACGAUCAUUCCGUGGACCAGCUGAUCGGGAACCUGCCUCCCAUGCAAGACACGACGUUUAUCCCGUACGCAGCGGUGGAUUCCUCGCUGCGCGCCAUGGCCGGCCAGGCCGAGGGCUUCGGCCGCCACGCCAUCGGCGGCCUCCACGGCGACGUCUACCAUGUCACCACCCUCGCCGACGACGGGCCGGGGUCGCUGCGGGUCGGAUGCCGGAGGCAGGAGCCGCUGUGGAUCGUCUUCGACGUGUCGGGCACCAUCCACCUCUCAUCAGGCCUCCGCGUGUCGUCCUACAAGACCAUCGACGGGCGCGGGCAGCGGGUGACGCUCUCCGGCAAGGGCCUCCUGCUGCGUGAGUGCGAGCACGUGAUCCUCUGCAACCUGGAAGUCGAAGGCGGGCGCGGGCACGACGCGGACGCCGUCCAGAUCAAGCCCCGAUCCAGGCACGUGUGGGUGGACCGCUGCGGGCUGCGGGACUUCGCCGACGGGCUCCUCGACGUCACCUGCGGGAGCACGGACGUGACGGUGUCCAGGUGCCGCUUCUCGGCGCACGACAAGGCCGUGCUCAUCGGUGCCAGCAGCGGCCACGUCCAGGACAGGGGCAUCCGGGUCACCAUCCACCACUGCUUCUUCGACGGCACAAGGCAGCGGCAGCCCCGCGUCAGGUUCGGCAGGGUGCACCUCUAUAAUAACUACACCAGGGGCUGGGGCAUCUACGCCGUCUGCGCCAGCGUCGAAUCACAGAUUGUCUCCCAGCACAACAUCUACGAGGCGGGGGAGAAGAAGAAAGCGUUCAUGUACAUGAACGAACAGGCGGCGGACAGGGAUAAGAGUUCAAGCGGGAGCAUCCGGUCUGAAGGCGACCUGUUCCUGAACGGUGCGGAGGACUGCAAUGAAAAUGAUUCUGAAGAAAACCUGUGGGACUUCGAGGUCAAGAAUUGCUACCAGUCGUGCUCGGCCCAGCCUGCGUCAUUGGCGCUCAAGGAGCUCCUGGAAUACUGCACCGGCUGGCAGCCGGUUCCGUUGCCGGAAGACAUUCGUUUCGCCGAAAAUUGUGCUGCUGCUACGACUGACAUCUGAACCAUUGUGAAAGUUUAGAGUACGUGGUCCAAAAAAUAACUUGCUCCAACCAUAUCAAAAGCACCCCAUAAAAGACCAAUACCAAAACAAGGUAAUUAUAGGUAACGGACACGCGUGAUCAAUACUAUGAGCAUACCUGAAUUCUUAAGUCAAUGCAUACUUUGUGACCAGACCUGUGGAUCUGAUGAUUGAUCCUAUUGGAAUAAGGUUGACACGACAGAGAAACAGAGAAUAUAAAUAGAUCAACUGGAGUACCUGA